AACGCGGUCAGUCCAGCCAUAGUAAACAAAACGCGACGUUCGGUUCGCUGCGCAUUUUUAAUGCAAUAAAAGCGAAAGGAUUGCAGAAAUCACGCAACUGGCGUUGCACUUCCAUAUUGAGCAUUAAAUGUGGCAUUCACCGUUAUCUAUCGAGGUCCGGCUCAACGUUAUUCGAGGGUGUUCUUGUCCCGCAGUUGUGAAAAGAAAAAUCUGCGUAGCAAACAAACCGGUCGGUGCUCUUGUACAUACAUUGUAUACACCAUACACACAGACAAGUUCAGACGCGUACAUGGCCGAGGAAAAAGCGUCGCAGUGCAUUUUGUGUGGCAAAUUAAUUGCGCCGAGGCCCUCGAAAAACGGUGAUUGUCUGCCGAGUUCUUAAUUCUUGGUGUCCAUAUGCAACCGCUCUGCCGCUCCUCUGCCAAGCCUCUGCCGUGGGGGUGAGGGUGCGUCCAUGUGAGCCUGCAUCUGCGUGCGCGAUAGUGUGAGUGUCAGUGCGAAGGUGGUGUGCUGAAACUUCGCGUAUUGUGAAUUGCCGUGCAAACACACACACAAACAAAACCGCCCGCCCAUUGGAACACCCCUCCCGCUCCAGCAAAAACAACAACGUCGUGUGUUCCACUUUCGACUGUCCUGAUUUCGCUGCAGCGCUGCCGGGAGAGCAGCUUAUUUGGGAGCGUGUUCCUCGUCCUGUCCCAAAUCCUGGGAGCGAAGCCACCGAUCCAAGGACUCCUGUCAGGGACCAUUGCAGCAUGCUUGGGAGCUGCUACAGUAGAUCUCCGCUCGAAUGUUCUCCAAGUCCCGGGCAUUGAUCACCUGCCUGUAGGCUUAGAUACUCUAGCCUUGGAUUGGACAGUAUCCAGAUGUCGUCAAGUAACGGUGGUCUUAGCAGUGCCACCAAUGGCCGCAGCGGCAGCACCGGCAGCGCCAACAUUAACCUUAAUCUGAAGGGGCAUGAGAGGUCCAUAGGGGGAACUCCUGGGGCUGGGGCAUCAAGUGCCACGACUACGUCAAUUACUCACAAAACACUGCCAGACCUGAAGACGCAGAGGAGCAAUAGCGCCUGCCACGCCCACGAGUCGCUGUCCGCCCUUCGCCGUAUCGCGUUGCUGGAAAAACCUCCCGAAAAGUUGCUCAGCUAUGGGGCGGCACAAAGCCGGAUCCUGGGCCAGGAGGCUAGGGAAGAUUUCCUUGUCUACAGCGAAGGACGAUUGCACUCAGGUCCGUUGCAGUCGCUUAUUGCCCACAUGGUCCCCACCCACGAAUAUUAUCCGGAUGAAGGAUUUAUUUUCGCUUUUCUUCUAAGCGCCAGGCUUUUUGUGCGCCCCCACGAGCUAUUGGCGCAGAUCUCACAGACCUGGGAGCAUCAGCAGCAGGAUGUAGGCACCGGCGGAGAUGUAGUGGAUGAUGCCGGUCAGGUGCCCGGUCGCACAAUGAUGCUCAGCAUCAACUCAGCUUCACCGCUAACGCAGCGGAAAGGAAGUGCAGCGGCCGCCUCACACAGUUCGGAGCUAGAACCGCGUCUUCAACAGCGGACGAACACUCAGCGCUCUGCCCAACACUGCAUCAGACUCCUGUCAGAAUGGAUAGAGAUCUUCCCUUACGAUUUUAGAGAUGAACGGCUUAUGCAGCAAGUUCGCAUCCUGGCAAGGAAGUGCGUCUACAUUGAUAAUUCGCUGGGAAAGCAAGUAUCGCGAAUCUUGCAGCUGCUGGUGUCUCGCCUUACAACGCUAGAGCAGUAUGAGGAGUUUUUGCAGACUAUCAGCUCGGAGGAGGCACAGAGUCAGCAACAGCAGCACCACCACCACGGACACCACAAUCACUUGCACAAUGCCUUUCAGACGUUUUUAGGGAGCUCUUCACAUGCUAACGGAGCUAGUGGCGGUGGUGGAUCUGCCAGCGGCACCUCCAACUCAUCAUCUAGUGGCCACACCUCAUCUGCCUCCACAUCAAACUCGAUCUCCACAACACCCCAGCCGGACGAUGUGUUUGGCAUCAUGGACAUGUGUCCGAGCUGUGCACACUUGGCCCACCAGCUUACGGCCAUCGAGCUGGAGCGCUUGUCGCACAUUGGCCCAGAGGAAUUUGUCCAGGCCUUUGCAAAGGAUUAUCAACAGCAGGCCAAGGAUGGAAGUAAGGAGGCCAACAAAAGCAAGUGUAGUGGAGGCGGAGGUGGUUCGUUGAACGACAUGAAAAAGACUCGUAACCUGGAAUCGUAUGUGCAGUGGUUCAAUCGGCUCAGUUACUUGACGGCAAGCGAGAUAGUCAAGUACCCUAAAAAGAAGCAGCGUGUUCGCAUCAUAGAAUAUUGGAUAGAAACAGCCCGCGAGUGCUUCAAUAUUGGCAACUUUAAUAGUCUGAUGGCCAUAAUAGCAGGUCUAAAUCUGGCGCCCAUAGGCAGACUGAAGAAGACGUGGGCCAAAGUGCAAUCGGCAAAGUUCUCCGUGCUGGAACAUCAAAUGGAUCCAACAUCGAACUUCAACAGCUAUCGCUCUACGCUCAAAGCUGCGAUGUGGCGCUCAGAGGGCGCUACUGAGGAACGCGAACGCAUAAUCAUUCCAUUCUUUAGUUUAUUUGUUAAGGAUUUGUAUUUUCUGAACGAGGGAUGUUCCAACCGGCUGCCGAACAAUCAUAUCAACUUCGAAAAAUGCUCCCAGCUGGCCAAACAAGUGAUGGAGUUUAAUGAAUGGAAGAAAGUAAACUGUCCGUUUGAGAAGCUUCCAAACGUCAUAGCCUAUCUUCAACACAGCGCAGUACUCAAUGAGAACACUCUUUCCAUGGCUUCCUUCGAGUGUGAGCCACCGGAGAACACGGAGGAGAAGGACCGCUACAGGACCGUAAAGGCGGAGACGAAGCAACAACUGCUGCAGCAGCUGCAAGAUCAGCAUCAACAGUCGCAGUAACCCCAUACAGGGGGUAGAUUAAGCUACGCUUAAGCGCUUGCCAUGAUUAUUUUUUCUACUAAGCCGUAAGACCGCGGAUAUUUUAGCCUAAGUUAAUGAACCAAGGAGUUCACCGGGCUACCAAGCCUCAAGCCCUCAUUAACCCCUUACUCCGAAGGAAGAGCUUCUGAAGCUAGGGUCGCCAAGUAAUAAUUUGUCAAUCAUUUUUGUUUUCAAUUAUUUCCGUUAUCUUUGUGUUCCUGUUCCAAAUCUGUAUUGACGGGCGGCUUCAAAUAUUUUUAAGAAUAUGCUGCGAGACGUUGCCAGUAAUUUUAUUUAUUUAAUUAGACCAUUGGGAGGAUGGGAAUAAUGAAUCUAUGUACUUAAGGCCGUAUAUGGCUAACAGCUAAUGCAACUAAUUUAGUUAUUAGCGCGAAAUAUUUGGUAUAUCAUAAUUAAUUUUAAUAUAAUUAUGAUAAAAUCAAUCUGACAAAGCUGCAUAAGUACGCGAUAUCCGUACGUGACCAGUAUUUAUAUUUAUGUAUACAAUUUUAUAGCUAAAUGAAAUCUAUUUGAUAUUCCGUAAUUACAUCCGGGUACAUUCUAACGGAUUUCAUUCUGAUUCUUUCUCGAGGCUUUUUGCAUGAGCAACAUAUAUCGGCCUACUAUCAGUCGCAGGCCAUUAAUACUUUCGUAUAAGGAAACCAACAGAAGAACAAGUAAGAAAGAUCAAAAGGAGAAGUACACUUUGUCCUUGAAAAAUGCUUCUUCUGAAUAAGAAUUUGAUUUUUAACAAUGCAGUUGCAAGAUUAUGCAAUAUUGUGGAUGAAAUCAUAAAUGAUAUUAACUAUAACGGGACUAAACACACCAUUAAUGAUUAAAACAGCUUUCGAAUAAACGAUAUGAACAGAACCAGUUCCCAAAACAAA